AAGGUAUUGACGUAAAAUGGCCUGUAGGAAACGAAAUCAAUCUUCACCAAGCCUGAGAACUUCCAAGUGCUUCAUAACAGUAUUCCUGGCGUUUUCUUUGAUGAUUUUUUGUUCUUGUUACGAUGAGGAGUUUUGCAGUGAAUCACGCGCUACAAUGGAAGAAGUGCAGACAUGCCCUUAUAGCAAAUCGAUGUGGGAUACAGAAGCAGUGAAGAAAAACUGUUCAUCCUUUUCACAUAAAUGUUCCAGUGCACUUUUCUACCACUGUCUAAUAAAUCCUUGGCAAAACAAAACCAUUAAAGUUUGUGCACCGCGUACAAGGAUAGGCUUUGGAGUAUGCGCUGAGUAUAAUGCAGUAGGAGGAAGGAUACAGGAUUCAUACCCAAACAAGUGUUCUGCUUGUAAAAACAACUACUGGUCAACCGAUGCAUAUAAAUAUACUGAAUGUUAUGAAGCUGUAUACCGUCGUCGUACCAAGAAUGUUAGCAG